GGACCUUUAACAAAGACUGCAGCAUCUCUGCAAACUUCACAGGACGCACCCUUCAUCCCGUGUCCCCAACAAUCUCCAGCGUUCACUGUCGGAAUAAAUUAAAUUCACCAACAAACACAAGACAGGACAGCCAAAUAAAUCUUCAAACUGCCAAAGUAUGAAGUUCCAAUGCGUUUCUCUUUUCAUCUGUGCUUUACUCGUUGGAGAGAGUUGUGGAUCGCAGAUGAAGUUGUCUCGUCUGGAUCGAUGGGUGAGAACUGGCGUUCAGUACCUGAAGCUCAAUCUGUGCCGGAGAGUCUCUUUACCGGAGAGCGAGUGCAAGAAGCUCUCUCACCUCCACCUGAGCGGAGUAGCGGUGUACGUCUCCGAAUCCCACUCGGCGGGGAAAGUGCUUGCGAUACUACCCGAUUCAUACUUCACAGGGACUGUUCCGUCAAAGUCUGCGGACUCGAGUGUGGAUGACGAGAGCAGGACGAAUGAAGAGUUGUACCCCGGAGCCAGUGCGCAUGACGCGGUGCUGGUUUUAGACCCCAGUCCCGGAGAGAGCUUCGGACACCCGGUGGUUCUGUUCUAUGUUAACUUCAACAUUACCAAGAAGAAGUGUGCUCAUAUGGAUGGUAUUUAUCUUGGGGAGGAGUGUUUGACCAUGGCGGUGAAAACGCGCUGUCAGAAUCAGCUGAAGCGCAGACGGAGUCGCAGUGACCGUAUGGUGAGCCGGGCGAGGGCCCGCAGGAGCACGACGGGGAGAAUCGGCCGCAUGGAGCACAGCAGUGGGCACUGCGAGAUUCACUUUCUUCCCCUAGUGGUGGGAGUGAGGGACAGCAACCGAACCCAACGCCUGCGCUGUGUAGAUCACCCAGACUUCGCCCGAUGCCCAGAGCCUUUGCCACAGAGCAGUCCCAACGUUCCCAUCUCCAGCUGCGAGCUCAAUAAAAACACCCGCCGGUGUCACCAGCAGCGGCUGGCCACGCACCUGUCCUGCCGCCUCUACCAGACCUGCGAUCACGCCGUCCUCUUGUCAGGUGGCUGGCAGGAGCAGAUAACAUACCAGCGGCAUGUGCAGAACCUACAGCUCUUCUACCAGAUGCUCAGGAACAACGGCUUCCAUAAGGACCACAUAAAGACAUUCUUUGCUGGGAGUGGACAGUUAGCAGCUAAAGAUGCAGACGGGAUGUACCCGGCCACAGAGAAAGAGGUGAUCAGGAAUCAUAUUUCGUAUAUCUGUAGAAAGCAGCACUGUGCAGAUACUCUGGUUCUGUACCUGAGCAGCCCCACACGUAACGACGGCACCAUGCUCCUCUGGGACCGCAAUAACAACGGCAUUGCGGAUCUGAAGGAGCGUUAUUCCGUAGGGGAACUGUUGUCGGACCUGGCGGGCUGCAGAGCCCGUCGAGUGCUGUUGUUCGUGGAGCAGAGCUACAGUGGAGUCCUCAGCAAGAGACUGAUGGGAUCUCUCAAACAUCUCAAUGUGGUGCUGCUCAACGGACUAUCUUGGGUGGACACUGCUGAGUUCUGGGCCUCUCUGCACCCAUCUCAGUGCCUCAUAGACCAACUCAAGAGUUCUGUGAUACCUCGACUGUUUGAUUCGGCUCAAGGCCUGCUGAAUGUGACUCUGGCCGGCGCUCCGUGUAACUCCACGCCCCCCCUCACAGAAGCCGAACUGAGGAAGGAAUACAUGGGCUGCCAGAAUUUACCCACAGCUCUGUGGUACCAAAAACGGCCCAAAUCCGAUAACAGCAGGAAUUGAGCGUAAACCUCCUCUGCCGCAAACAGAUGGACCACAGCCAACUCUCAUGUUUCUCACCUCAUUUUGACACAUCAACGCUCAGCUGGACAUCACAGGAGAACUUCCUCAAUAACAGAACGAGAACCUACGGAGUAAUAAACCAUGAAUUUGUACAAAACAACCACAACCGGCGCUUACCCUCACAUCUACCAGCGUGCGCACACUUAAUUCACCCGGUGACGCACAUAGACCCUGACAAGCUGUUGAGGAACAGACUACGUAAUGCGUGCUUGAAAGAUUGAAAGAAGUUCAAGUAAUGCAGGACGGACAGAAAGAGACCGUGUGUCUCUCGUGUCCUCGAGUUGAACCUCAGUUCCCCCGCUAGCCUCUCCGCAGCGGACGUCCCGCGGGGAGCGUCCCAUGCAAACUUCUCCUCUCUUUGCCUGCUAUGGGGGUUCAGCUUAGGGACAAGAGCGCUCCGUUACGAGUACUCUUCCGUGGAUCAACGCACAGGGCACGGCUGCAAGUGAACAAUGGUGACAACACCACUCCGAAACACACCUCACUCCGUCAGCUCAAUAAGAGACAGCGGUCCGGCAUGAUUUAGUCAUGAGAAACGCUCUUCGUGUAUGGAUUCUAGCAGAGACUGGACUGUAGAAGCAUGUAUUUGAGUAGGAACUCUGACUUCUUUAUUUCCACUCUAUACUUACCCAGCAAAACCAUUUAAACACCACGAACAGAUAAUGGUGAGAGUGUUGUGAAGAUAUACACCGCAGACCCUAUGGGAAAACGUUCACAUUCCUCAUAAAUUAUCAUCAGUAGGAGGAUGUGUUUCAACAGCGCAUCAGUUUGGUCUAAAUAUAGCCAGUGGUCCACAAUUCCCAACGUUUUUUGCUGUUCCCUUACUAUUGAUGUGGAUGGGCAUUGGUAAAACCUCAAUCAGUCCUUAACCUAAAAUCCAAAUCAUUCAAGAUAAAUACAUGGUUUUGUAUAGAUCAUCAGUGUUAUUCUGUAAAUAUCUGUCCUUUGUGUCGUUGUGAAUGAACUGUGAUGUCUUGAAUAGAGAUGCACAGGUACUACAUGUCUCCACAGACACUGAUUAUUCAGAGUGGUACCUGCCGAUACCGAUGAUGAAAUAUUUCGUAAAAAUGUUAUUAAAUAAUAUAAUGACAAACUGGUGAUGUUUCUUAACAUUUUCUGUAAGCAGAGCACAAAUUCAUGUAAUUUUUAGGCUACAUCACGAUAUAUCGGCCCUGAUCAUUGGCUGUUUUUAAACUAUAUAGCCGAGAAAUAUAUAGCGUGAAAAAU